AUGCCAUCGAAGAAUCAGCGAGACAAGAACGGCGAACAGAAUGUGUACAAAAUGACGCAUUACGUAUCAUUCUAUAUCCCAGGGGAAGACAAGGAAUCUCGCGAGGCGAUCAAAACGCGCUUGGAUUGGAUUGGAUCUGGUUCAUCCAAAAUUCCGAAGAAAGGCAAGUCUGUUUGUUUGGAGAUCACUGAACAGGGUAUUUUGUGUGAUCGCCCGAUAUGGUGGGAAGAUGCCGAUCCGUCCGCUACAUCAAUUUUAUUUUCCGAGUUACAUGAAAUUUACAUAAUGCGACGAAGCAGCAAAAAACUCAUAAUUGAUCUACGCUCGGUAAAACUGAAUCAGAAGCGUCUGGUCUUCUUUGAGGGAAAAAAUGCAGACCAAAUCAAAGCUCUUGUGAAUGAAGUGAAAAACAAAGUGAAAGCAAUCGAAGAAGAGAAGAGUAAGGCGGAGAAGGGAAAUGAAGUGAAAUCGCCUUCAGGUGAGAUUUCACCUUCACCUGCUGAAGCUUUGUCGCAGCCUACUGUCAUGUCACCAUCCACGCAACCGCAGACAAAAAAAGUGACUAAUGCCGCUGAACAAAGUGUGCAGCAAAGUAUGACACCAGGUGGUGCAGAAAACCAGAUGACCUCCGAUCAGUCAGGACAACCAGCCGUCAAACUGCGCCAACAGGACCCUCCUGGUACGAGAGCUGAAAACAAAAUCAUAAUGCCACGAAAUUCAGGGCAUUUAGUCACUCUCACACCGAGUACCGGAUUACCAGACUAUCACGAAACCGCAGUUUCGCCGCCACCGCUUAAACCGGUCUCAACACCUGCUGUACUUGAAUAUGCGCAUGGACCUAAUUCAGGCACAACAACAGCCCUAAUAAAGAAUGGCUCUACGAAACCAACCAUUCCUGUGUAUGAAUACACACCGGGGUUAAACCAAAACGCAGUUUUCAGCAAUGGCCCCGGAAACAGCAUUAAAAUCGUCUUCGAUAACGUCCCGAUGAUGGCACGAAAGUCUGUAAUCUCAAAAAUAGCCCACCAGCCUAAUUGGAAUCCACCUAGAUCACUAUCACAAUCACCUGCCAUCAAGGUAGUGCCCAGCAAUUUAUCGCCGUGGUCUGCUCAGCCGGUGGCAUUAAGUAAUAGACAGACAUGGCAGAACGUCUGGUUUGACCAACCCGAGCACAUUAUCAUUCCGCGCACGAAUCAAAGGUCUGAAUCUGUCCCACAAGUCCCAGCUCUUGAUGACGGUUGGGGGUAUCCCAAAUACCCCUCGCAAGGAAUGGUUGGUACAGCACCAUCACAUCUGGGGGAUACAGAACGAUAUUGUUACACGCCCAAUAAGAGCCAAGCAUAUGAAACGCAAAAACCAUUGCAAGCUGUUUCUUACAAUGUGGAAAGAAGCCACCCAACCAUCUGGAUAGAUCGUUAUAAAAUGGAACCAGAUCACCCCAAUCUAAACGCUUCAAAUGCUAGAUAUCUAAACGGGGGCCCCAGUCAUUCGCCAAACGAGUUGUAUUUUCUACGCACAACACCAUGCAGCUCAGGAAUGGAAAGUAACAUGCAAACUGGCAGGGUAAUGCCUUCGUACUCAGUGAAUUUUGAUUCUAAUGCGGGGGGAUUACCUACGAAUGUCCCACUCACUCAUCGGGGAGGGCAAGCUGGAAAAGAUUACCGGAGCAUGAGCACGAUGAGCUAUCGACCGGAUUACGUUCAGUGGGAGAAAAACGAACAGACUUCACAGUGCCGGAGCCCAAUGGUCGGUUAUCACUAG